AUGUUGAUCGAAGAUCAGAGGCUCAAACCCGCGCCUCAGAAGACUAAACAGUUGUCUUCCUUCUCCAACCUUCCCAACGCGCCUGUCGACGAGAUAUUUGCUCUCAAUCAUGCUUAUACUAUCGAUGCUGAUCCGCGCAAGGUGAAUCUUGGAAUGGGUGUAUACCGCACCGCUGAGGGACAGCCAUGGCCGCUAUCCACUGUUCAAAAAGUCGAAGAAGAGCAGAGCCGGGAGAAUAACUGUGCACGCCACGAAUACCUCCCUAUCGAGGGUGACUCAGUCUUUACAGCUGCAGCGAGAGAUCUUAUGUUCGGCUUCAACCUGAACAACAAUACAGAAACACCCGCAGAAAAAGCAGCAAAACAACGAAUAGCCUCCGUGCAGACUGUUGCUGGGACAGGAGCUAAUCAUAUCGGUGCUGCAUUUCUAGCCCAUCAUUACAAGCCUAAGCAUGUAUGGAUGUCAACACCGACAUGGGCAAAUCACCACACCAUCUGGGAUCUGCAGGGAAUUGAACGCAAAACAUAUCCCUAUUUUAAUGCCGUAACAUGUGCGUUCGACUUCGGAGCUGCCCUAGCAGUUCUUGAGGCCGAGGCUGUGGAGGGAGAUGUAAUUUUGCUUCAUGCUUGUGCCCAUAACCCCACCGGUGUUGACCCAUCGAAGGAACAGUGGAAAGCCAUUGCUGAGCUCUGUCAACGAAAACACAUCUUCCCAUUCUUUGACUCCGCAUACCAAGGGUUUGCAUCUGGUUCCGUAGAUGAGGACGCCUGGGCUGUGAGAUAUUUCUUCAAUAUGGAACCCCGCAUGGAAAUGUGUGUUGCACAAAGCUUUUCGAAGAACUUUGGCCUCUACGGCCACCGCGCCGGCGCAUUCCAUCUUGUGACCAAUGGCUUGAACCCCGCUGAGCCCGGGUUAGUGCAGAAAAAUCUGUGUCACAUUAUUCGCGGAGAGUAUUCCAUGGGUCCUCGAUUAGGCAGUACCAUUGUCAAGCGGAUUCUUGGGGACGAGGAUUUGCGUACCCAAUGGCAUGGGGAUCUUACUACGAUGAGCUCGCGACUCAGGUCAAUGCGUGAGAGUCUGUAUAACGAGCUGCUGAGGCUGAAAACUCCCGGAACGUGGGAGCACAUUGUUAACCAGAUCGGCAUGUUUUCUUACACGGGCCUCACGUUGAAGCAAGUGUUAGCAUUGAAGGAUGAAUUCCAUAUCUACAUGCUCAAGUCAGGAAGGGUUUCAAUCAGUGGAUUGAGCGAGAAUAAUGUUGCAUAUGUCGCCCAGUCUAUUGAUAAUGUGGUUAGGAGGGUGUAG